UUGUGAGUCGUUUGAAACAAUUGUGAAGUAAAUAACAUGAACUCCUUGGCUAAGCUCGGAAGCUUCGUUAGCCAAAGCGUUCAAAUCGCUGGAUGUGGCUUGCAGCAAGUGCGCACCAAAUAUGCCGACUGGCGUAUGAUACGCGAUGUCAAACGUCGCAAAUGUGUCAGCGAACAUGCCAAGGACCGCUUGCGUGUAAACUCGCUACGGAAGAAUGACAUACUGCCCGUUGAGCUCCGCGAGUUGGCGGAUGCUGAGAUAGCCGCAUUUCCAAGGGACUCCUCACUGGUUCGCGUGCGAGAACGUUGCGCACUUACGUCACGGCCGCGCGGCGUAGUCCACAAAUAUCGACUUAGCCGCAUUGUGUGGCGACACCUGGCCGAUUAUAACAAGCUGUCUGGAGUGCAGCGUGCCAUGUGGUAACAUUUAGAUAUACUUUUAUUGAGCCCUGUUUAAAGCUAAACAAAUAAAAAAAAGAAAAUCAAAUAAAACCAAAA